CCACAAUUCACAUGAGCCACGUGUUUUUGGACCUGGAGGAAAGUCAAGAAAACAAAAGAAUAACAUACAAGCUACACACACCCUGGGUUUGAACCAAAACAUCAGGAGGUAUGAGACCACCAUGCCACCAAACAAAUUUAUGCCAUAAAAAAAUCUGGUAUGUCAGUUCUUUGUAUGUACAAACCUAGUUGGUUAAUAAACUGUCUAUUCAGUUCUAUAAAAUAGCCAAUGAAAGGUGAAAGGGUCUCAUUUGAAAUAAUUUGUAAAAUUUAACAUAAAACGAUGUGGUUGUAUUUUCACUUGUCCUGUACUAUUUGCAAUAAAGAAAAAAUUUUUUACGUCACUUGUUUAGAUCACAGAAAGUCGUUAUAAUUAACUGUAAAUUAAUCCCAAACAUGGAUUUUCCCCACGGUCAGUCCUGGUACGCAGCCAUGUUGACUCGUCUCGUCUCGGGAAACUCAUUUCACUGCCCGCAUCUCCCGCUGUUUGCUAACUUUGAUUUGACUCGUUAGAAUACUGAAAAAUAUUUAGUGGACUAUAGUGCCGUACUGCAUUUAGCAGUAGCAGUACAUUGCUUGCGUUCUUGAAUUAUUUGAAUUUCAUACACACAGCGGUGCCGUUAGGUUCACUUUAGUGGAUUGCGCUCCUGCACGCCGUAUCCACCGGUAGUUGUCGGCGUCUCCGGACACUCUCCGCCUCUUUCCCAGUGACAGCGCAUAGUGCGCCCGUAUUCUGCAGGGCCGAUCAGCGACGCCAUCUUUAAACCCCUACUGGCACCGCCGUUCAGUGCCGGAUCGGUGCUGUACACGCUGCCCGCGCCCGCCUUUUACAUUUUAAAAGUAGCACCGUGCAGUGUAUAAAGAAAUAUAUACACUGCCUGUUUUUAUUUCGAAGGAAAAAUACAACGCGGGCAAGUGGCGCGGUUAUUAUAUCAAGCAGGAGCAACAAUAACAAAAGGCGGAAAGGCAGCCGAUUAGGCGUUAUUGGUACGCUAACAGGAUAGCCAUUUGGCUAACCAUAUUAGGGUUUGGCGGACAACCGUUGGUUUAGAAAGGCGUCCUUCUCCCCUCUUCAUCGUCGCAGGCGCAGCUCGGUUCGGGUCAGACUCGACUGCGUGGCCGUGGUGUCUAGGUCCCGGUUUCUCCCCCUCCCCCCUGGCGAUCCGGCCGGAGAUGAGCGGAAGAUGUCGGUGUCGGGGCUGAAGGCCGAGCUGAAGUUUCUGGAGUCGAUCUUCGACCCGAACCACGAACGAUUUCGCAUAAUCGACUGGAAGCCAGAUGAACUCAGCUGUCAGUUUAACGUGACUGGGGAAAAGCUCCUGAUCAUCCACUGCAACAUCACGGAAUCCUACCCUUCAACACCCCCGAUAUGGUUUGUGGACUCUGAUGACCCCAGCUUGGCCCAGGUUCUGGAGCGUCUGGAUGAUGUACGGAAGGGCAACACACUGCUCCUGCAGCAGCUGAAACGUCUCAUCUGUGAUCUGUGCCGGCUGUACAACCUGCCCCAGCACCCCGAUGUGGAGAUGUUGGACCAGCCCCUACCUGCGGGGCCGCCUGUAACUACAGAUGAAGUUACAUCUGAGGAGGAGGAUGAAGAUGAAAUGGUAGAGGAUAUUGAAGACCUGGACCACUACGAGAUGAAAGAGGAGGAACCUGUAGAGGGGAAAAAGUCUGAGGAUGAUGGGAUUGAGAAGGAGAACUUGGCGAUCUUGGAGAAAAUCCGCAAGAACCAGCGACAGGACCACUUGAAAGUAAGUGCCCAUUCGGGGGCAGUCUCUGGGUCAGUACAGGCCUCUGACCGCCUCAUGAAGGAACUCAGGGAAAUCUAUAGGUCACAGAGUUACAAGACAGGCAUCUAUUCAGUGGAGCUUGUCAAUGACAGCCUUUAUGAGUGGCAUGUGAAGUUGCGGACGGUUGACCCAGAUAGUCCAUUACAUAGUGACUUGCAAGUUUUAAAGGAAAAAGAAGGCGUGGAUUACAUUCUGCUGAAUUUCUCGUAUAAAGAUAAUUUCCCCUUUGAUCCCCCUUUUGUAAGGGUGGUAUCUCCUGUUCUGUCUGGAGGUUAUGUUCUUGGUGGAGGUGCCUUGUGUAUGGAGCUUCUCACAAAGCAGGGCUGGAGUAGUGCCUAUUCUAUAGAGUCUGUGAUUAUGCAGAUCAACGCCACCUUAGUCAAAGGAAAAGCCAGAGUGCAGUUUGGCGCCAAUAAGAACCAGUAUAAUCUUGCUAGAGCACAGCAGUCAUACAAGUCCCUAGUACAGAUUCACGAAAAGAAUGGCUGGUACACACCCCCUAAAGAGGAUGGAUAGGAGAAGAUCCACUAUCUGUGCACUGGGACCAAGUGUCUUAGGGUCACUUUUGUUUUUAAUCUUUUCAUUUUUGGAUUAUAUAUUCCCCCCCCCAGUCUGGAAUUCUUUUUAUCAGGAGUGUGACCCUGACAUGGGUGGUGACCCAUUCAGUGAGAUAUGUAGACCAACGGGUAAAAAUACAUCGCUGACCUCUCUGAAGGCACAUCUUCCUGCCACUCUGUGUUCCUUUCUCAUUGCCGUGGCACUAAGACUCCUUCAGCCAUUCUUUCUCACACAGAUCAACAGAAUCUUAAGGAGGAAGAGUGCUGGGGUUGAAAGGAUUGUCAAGGGUCAAGUGUCACUGAAAAUGGUCCCUUGGGGGGGGGGGGUCGCGUUCUUACUUCCUCUUGCCAGAUUGCAUGCAGCACAGUACCGUUUUCUGUGUUGAAACGGAGGGAACAGUUUGUGGCAAUCUAGGGCAACUCCAAUGAGAUGAGCAGCAGGUCACAUAUCGAGGCAUGCUUUGACCUUUUGGUUCAGCCAUCAUGUCCAUUCUCUGGUGGCCCAGCCUUUCUGGACAGCUCUGGGUAGAGUCUGCCUAGCGAUAGUCAGCCAUGACUUUUGACCAUGAUGUGCAGCCUCUCUCCAUUACUGAGACAGCUAUUGGCCAUAGCUGGCAUCUCGGUGCAAGUCUUGGUGGCAGUGGGAGCCUGACCAUAUACUCUUCAUUUAACAAAUGUGUGCCACUGUUUCUGUCCCAUCUCUUGUUGCUUUUUUCACAUGACAAGAACUAUGAAGAAACAAUAUACUGCAGAAGCUUACGGCUGGAUCGUGAGGCGAGCAGAGAUGUACGCAACAAGAACAUCCCCCAGCCUCUGCCAGCAGGCCGGAUGCCGCAUAGUUAACCCCAAACAGAAAAUGGUGAUGGUGUUGGACUGAGAAUAGGGCUUGGCCUUUUUAAUUUGACUGUAUAUGUGUUUGAAACCUAUGUCUGCUUAUGUACACUAUGGAAUAGGAGGUGUGGCAAACUCUUAUUUUACAUGUACAAUAAUGUGGGGGGAGGGGGGAAACAGUGAAUACCUGUACUGGAGUAGUAAGGAAAAACUUACUCCUUACUCAUUUUCAUUAAGGAUUGCAUUUAGUUGCUGAACUGUGUCAUUAGAGUGGCUUUGCUUCUAUAUCAGUAAAAUACAAGAGUAAUAA